AUGUUGUUAAUACCUCAGUGUCAAUUUGUGAAGAAUCUUAAGCUGCUUGUUCGUCGGGUGCACGACCUUUAUGCUCCAUACUUGUUUAUACCUUUUUCAGACUCACCCAAUUUGAACCUCUACCUGGAAUCUAUCUACUCCUCACAAUACGACCAAACUCAUCAUCAUCGUCAAUCAGGUGACAAUUCGGCAGUCUCUGCAGCCCUCCUAGGGUUCCGUUUCUUGGCCACCGCUGCCGCGAAAUUUGCCCAAACCUUGGACAAAUGCAUGGACAGCUACGUGCCAAACACAUCCUCUUCCGAUGUAUUUGCGCUGUUCAACGCUUCCGCUGCGAUCUUGGACUAUGUAAAUUACACGCAGCUACAUGAGCAAAUUGAAAAGUACUCCUUCCUCUCAACCAAUCAGCUUUCGACUGCCCUGGCCCUCCGACCUACCGUCGGUCGGCCAUCUUUGGUUCUGCGGGUUGGGCUCUCCCCGAUCGGA